AUGAAACUCUUUUUAACCGGUGCGUCGGGCUUAUUGGGAAGAUCUAUAUACGAACGUUUUCUUAACGAACCAGAUUGGACUGUGUGCGGUAUCUCGUUCAAAAGGACUAGCCCAGGGCUGACAAAAUUGAACCUGCUUGAUAAAGACGCAGUCACUAAUCUCCUUAAUACAGUUUGCCCUGACGUUAUUGUUCACUGUGCUGCUGAACGGUUUCCAGAUAAAGUAGAAAGUGAUCCUCAGGCUGCUUAUGAUCUGAAUGUUGGAGUAUCAGCUCAUUUAGCUGAUGUAGCAAAUCAUCUCAAUGUGCCGUUGUUGUAUAUCAGUACAGAUUAUGUAUUUAAUGGAGAUGAAAGUCCUUAUAAAGAAACUGACGAACCUUCGCCUAUUAAUGAAUAUGGAAGGUUGAAGUUGCUUGGUGAAAAAGCAGUCCUUGCUGCUAAUCUAAAUAAUAUCAUUCUCCGUAUUCCGGUACUAUAUGGACCUGUUGAAAAUUUAGAAGAAAGUGCAAUUACUUAUUUGUUAAUUGGAUUAAAAAAGUGUCAAAAUAAUAAUGAAUUAUUUAAAGUCUCUAAUUAUGAACUUCGUAAUCCAUCAAGUGUUGAUGAUAUAGCACACAUUGUGUUUAAUUUAGUAGGGAAAAAAAUUGCAUCUAGUAAUGACAUCAGUGGUAUUUAUCAGUGGUGUGGAAAAGAAAUGUAUACAAAGUAUGAUAUGGUGGCUAAGAUGGCUAAGAUUUUUGACAUGAGUAUGGAACAAGUAGUUCCAGUAAAUGGACAAGGUGGAGUGAAACGCCCAUUUAAUACUCAAUUAGAUGUUUCACGCAUAAAUCAGUUAGGAAUUGGAACACAUACUAAUUUUGAAGAUGGAAUAAAAACUUUAUUAGCCAGUUGGAAUGUUAAGUAG